CCCAAUUUUCAAGGAACGAGUGGCUCCACUAUUCAGGCUCAUGCUAGUGUAUCCAAUACAUCAGUUGCUAGAGGAAGCCAUACGUCACGGUCAGUUAAAACACACAAUACAAGGAGCAGACAGGAUGCUGUGCAUGAGGAAGACUCGUCACCUCCACCGUCCAAUCAUAGGGUUACCCGUAGCCCAGGACCUAUGGCAUUGCCCGGCUCUUGUACUCCCAAAGAUACCUCCCAUGUUGCUGCUUCCGGAUUCACACCCGGUCACGCUUCCGUUUCUGGCGGACGGACACCGGCUCAUCACUCUGCGACACCCUACGGAUCUCGGACACCAAGUUAUGGUUCCUACGCAGGGAAUUUUCCAAAGUACUGUAAUGGUUCACCAUCACACGGCUCCGAAGACCGCAGUCAAACACCAUCUCAAUGGAAUCAAAACGCUCGUUACGAUCUUAGACCACGAACGCCUAGUCAAGGAAAUCGGACUCCCUAUUACGAAGGGGGUAGUCGAACGCCGGUUCAAGGCAAUCGGACUCCCUAUUACGAAGGGGGUAGUCGAACACCUCCUCAUGGAAGUCGGACCCCGUAUUACAAUUCGGGUAACCGGACGCCUGGUCAAGAAAACCCUACUCCAUACUACAAUUCUGGCAUUCGAACGCCAGCUCAAGGUGGACAGACUCCUUACUACAAUUCUUGUGGUCGAACUCUUGCUCAUGAAAACGAAGCACCACAUUGCGAUCCCGCAUUCCGGACUGCAAGACAUGGUGGGCAAACACCGUAUUACAACACUAGAUCCCACUCAUCAGGUCAAACACCGUGCCAUGAUUCUGAAGUAAAUAGAAGCGGUGCGUGCACGCCGCGAUAUGGAUCUCGCACACCAGAGCCAUACGCUUCAUCUCCACCUCCUCCUUCUCGAGGUCAACAAGAUGGUUCUGAUGAUCGUUCGAGGAAUCGUUAUCGAAAUACUGCUCCAUCAUCUCACUCCCACGGGGACAAUGGCCGUUCAGGGUAUGCUGGACAUACACCAAUGAGGUCACCUUCUCAAUAUGAAGAUGGAACGUGUCGAACUCCUCGCCAGGAAUCCGAUGAGGAGGAAGAUCUACCUGCCUAUAGGCGUGGUCAAGAUGAUCCUGUGCGACAACCGAAGUCAAGAGCAGGCUAUCAGUCUGGUGGUCAGGAAAAUAUUAAUCCACCGUCCAGCCAAGGUCUCCCUCCGAAUAAUAGCGGAUUCGUCUCUACGACGCAGUAUCCUACCAAUUUUUCUGGAAUACCACCAAAUCAAGCAACUCCCCAGUGGUCAUAUGCCUUCCCACCACCUCCCUUCCCAGAUCAGCUCGGAAUGUAUCCGAUGAACUGGGCGACGCCUAUUCCUGUACACCCUUUACCGAAUUUCGGAGCACCGUUAAUUCCACCUCCACCACCUAACCUUAUAGUACCACCACCACCACCACCGCCAGUAUUGCCCAGUGAAAUAUCGCCGCCUGCGAACAUGUCGGGCCAAGCAAGUGGCCCAACUGCGUCGAACUCACAAGCUCGUUCUGCAAAUUCCAGGAAAUCGUCCUGUUCCACGACACCAAAAUGUUCUAGUGCUCCAAAGCCUCCUGAACGCGUCGGCGGCUCGAAAUUCCUUGAUUCGGUUCCGCCUGUCCCGAAGGCGAAUGCGAAUCCAACGUCGAAACGUUCUCAUCAGAGGAAGUGA